CUCAUCCUCCUCAAUCAUGAAGUACGUCGCUUUAUUGAGUGGUGGCAAAGAUAGCUGUUUCAACCUCGUACACUGUGAGAAGAACGGACACGAACUCGUAGCUGCCGCAUCGUUGCGCCCAGAGGAGGGAAAAGGUCCGACAAACCAGGUGGUCCUUCUGGAAUACUUUCUCCUGAUGUAGAUUUCCUGUUAGAGGAAGUCGAUUCGUAUCUGUACCAAACAGUCGGCCAGGACGCGAUCGAACUUGUUGCAAAUGCGCUGGAAGUUCCUCUUUACAGGAAGACCAUUAUCGGGUCUGCCGUAGAGCAAGGCUCGGAAUAUGGGACCCGAUCGUCUUCAGAUGGCGUUCAAGGCGACGAAACCGAGGACUUAUACGAUUUGUUGGUGACGGUAAAGAAUCAUCAUCCGGAAAUUUGUGGUGUUUCUGUGGGGGCAAUUCUAUCCAAUUACCAGCGAGUGCGAGUUGAACAUGUUUGCCGUAGGCUCUCUUUGACUUGCCUUUGUUUCCUCUGGCAACGCGAGCAAGAAGAACUGCUCUCCGAGAUGAUUGACUGCGGUCUCGAAGCAGUACUCAUCAAAGUCGCUGGCAUUGGACUUAACCCUAAACAUUUGGGAAAAACAUUACGAGAAAUGCAACCGACACUUUUGAGACUGAAUACACUUUAUGGUUCUCAUGUUUGUGGAGAAGGAGGGGAGUACGAGAGCCUGACUCUAGACUGCCCUUCGUUCAAGUCGAGCAUCAUAUUAAAAGAAGUGGAAACUGUCAUCCACUCCGAUAAUGAUUUUGCGACUGUAGCUUUUUUGCGGAUCAAGGAUGCAUAUCUGCUUCCGAAACUUGGCCCAGUGUCGUCGCGUCUUUACAUCCCGCCGCUGUUAGCAGACGAAGCGUUACGCGUUAAAGACAUGGUAACGGAAGCCCAGACAGUGAAUAGCGGAUGCUCUCGACAACGAUUCUCAGAGAGGGGAGCCUCGAUGGACACUCUAGCUCGCGUUGGAGUCCAGAAAUUUGGCCAAUGGGUUGCUGUCAGUAAUGUACAAGUGGAUCCACUUGAAGGGGUGUCAUUGGAGGAUGAAGUACUAAACUGCUUUGAACUUCUGAAAGAACACCUUUCUUCCCAUGGUUCCUCUCUUUCUCAAGCUGUCAACAUCAAUCUUUUUCUAUCGUCAAUGGAUUAUUUUCCACGGGUCAACUCUGUCUACUCGACUUUCUUUGGUACAAGUCCUCCGGCUCGUGCUUGUGUGGCCGUCGAUCUUUCCGGUAACGUUCGGAUACGAUUGGAUUGCACAGCAAUGCAAGAGUCUUCUGGGGCCCCUGUACCCAUGAUUCAACGGCAUUCACUACACGUCCAAAGUCAAAGUUAUUGGGCUCCCGCUAACAUUGGCCCUUACUCACAGGCGAUCGUUGCAGGAGAAAGGAUCUUCAUUUCUGGGCAAAUUGGACUCCUUCCCAGUACUGUAACUUUGCCCGAACCCCGUUCCUUGUCUAUUGAAAUGGCACUGGCAACGCAGCAUGUCGAUAGGAUUGUCAAUGUACUCAGGAAUUCCUGGGACGGUCACAACCAGUCCUCUAUCUAUUGGAUUGACGAUGUUGCAAACCUCAAUGCAGUUAGGAAUGCUAGCGGUAUAUGUAGCAAAGAUAAGACCGCAGUCAAGCUUUAUGUGGUGGUGCAAGCUCUACCGAAGCGUGCUCUGGUGGAGAAGCAGGUGAUGUUUCAUACUGGCAGAGCCUGGAUAUCAGAGCCCGAUGCCGACGCUCGGGAUGGAGAAGAGUACUCGCUGAAAUCCUUCGGAAUGAGUCAUACGCAAAAUGUUACCAAGAUAGGUGGGACGGAACUCCACUGCGAAAAGGCGACGUUGGACGGCUCAAGUGAAGGUUUUACGCUAUUCUGCAUCAAAUGGGGAACGAACGAAUCCAGAGACGUAGCUGCUGCCAGUCUGAGAUCAUACGCUAAUUGCUUUGACUCUGCAUUGUCGGUCCGGUGUUUCUACUCAAUGAAAAGCAAACCACCGUAUUCGAUGUUCGCUACCCUUGAGAGGACAUUUAGCGGAAUAUCCUCUCUACCAAUAACAGUAAUCCCUUGCCGCUUCUUAGCAACUCAGAACGAGGAUGACUGGGAUUGUGUACUUGCGAUCAUCAAUGUAUAGGAAUAUGAAUCUCGCAAUUACUUAGCAAAUAACUGUC